AUCCUCUGCAGUGAAGUACAUCAAGGAGAUGUCUGCCUUCUUUAAAAGCUCCGGGUCCCCUGGAGCAGCCCUCCCGUGGGACUCCCCCCCUUCCACACCGCAGAGGGGCUCUGAUCUCUCCCCCGCUGAGGUGAAAGAGCCUCGCAGCAUCCCGCUGAAAAUGUGCCAGGUUUCACGGAAACAGUGCCCUCCAGACACAGAACACAGGUAUUUCGAGGUCAUCUCAUCCAACAGAAAGAACUCUGUGUUCCUGCGGGCAAAAGACCCGGCCAUGGCUCAGUCCUGGUACAACGCCAUUCAGGCCGGCGCUGCCAGCCUUUUGCCGCGAGUGAAGGAGGAGAUGAAGAGCAUGCAGCCUGGCACCGAGGUCAAACAUCUGGGCUGGAUUACAGAGCAGGUUCCUCAGGGUCCACAGAGGCCUGUUCUGGCCGUGUUGACAGAGAAGGACCUCCUCCUGUAUCCCUCCUUGCCUGAAAGCAAAGAGAGCCUCAUGAGCCCCACCAAGAGUCACCCACUCAUCACCACCAGGUUCUCAUACACAGACAUACUGGUCCACUCCGGCCCAGGGAAAAGCUCUCCUCUCCUGGAGUCGGAGCUGACGUUCGGCCUGCGCUCGGGCACCCAGCAGGGCGUGCAGACUCACGUGUUCCGGGUGGAUUCAGCCAAGGAGCUCUCCGCCUGGACUCAUCUGCUGGUGGACGGUUGCCAUAACGCUGCUGAGCUCAUCAAGGAGGUCACAGCAGCCUGCAGUUGGAAUGGGAAGGAGUGCACCCUGGGAGUGCACAUCGAUGAUGGUUUCACGCUAUUCACAGAAGAAAUGGGUGUGAGGAAAAGUGUUCUCCUGCAGCAGCCGUUCGAGCGCCUCCGCAUGUCCUCCGACGACGGCGUCCGCAUGAUUUUCCUGGACUUCGGAGGCCCCGAAGCUGAGAUUCAACUGGACCUCCACUGCUGCCCGAAGACCCUCGUCUUCAUCAUCCACUCUUUCCUGUCUGCUAAGGUCAAACGACUUGGCCUGCUGGCAUGAUGAAGUCCGCCUUGCCAGAACAUCCCAACAGGAAUAUUCAGUCAAACCACAGCCUUUGAAGACUCUUGUCAAUGAGGCCCUGGAAAAUAAUGCUGACAAGCUCCUUGUUUCCAGCCUCCGCAGGCCUGUGAAGCUUAUCAUCUCUGGUCAGGCACCCCAAGAUCUUUUCUUGUGGAAGAAGCGCAAACAGCAAAAAAUGAUGAACAUUUGUUGAAUUUAUAGAUGUGAGGUAAAAAAGAUCUUUUUCUUUUUCCUUUCUCUACAAACGGCACUAGUCAGUAGCCGCACAAGGGGCCUGACUCCUGUCAAACCUCUCUGAGUUCGUCAUGGCUCUCGAUGAUGAACUGUGUGAAUAUGACAGGCUGUAUCUUAAUGUUUCCAAGCUUGAAAUCCUAAACGUGUUUUUUUUUUUUUUCAGCCAUUGUUUGGUUAUAUUUCAUGUGUCACAGCAAGCCUUUUGUCAGGAGCGUCUUUUCAUCUUUCAAUCUCUGCUUUCUGCGCUGCCAGCAGACAAAACAAAAGUUCUCUCCCAACUGUCCUGAUUGAUGUUGGACAAAUACUUCUAUAAAAGCAGCUUCGGCGGAGUGACAGGAUGACGUGGCCGAUCACUGCAUGAUCAAUAGUUAAUGCUGAACAGUGUACGACUGUAACGAAAUGGUGUUUAUGUGGACAGCUCAGCUGCCGUCGUUUUGAGACAUUUUCUGUGAGAAGAAACGUGCUUUUUAAGAUGAAAUGCAUAUAUUUUUCUUUGCAGCUAAACAGCCUUUUUGUUGUUUUAUUUCUCGUUUUAGCAUUUCUCUUAAUCUGUUACCUAACAAAGGGAAAAAUAGUAUAUUGUAAAAUGGGAUUUUUAAAAAAAAGUGUUGUAAUGUAAGCAAUAAAUUAGAUUUAAGGUUCUGAAUAAAAAAAAGAUGGAGUGUAGUGGAUGUCAGCGAUAUGGCAGGUUGGCUUCAUUUAAUCUGAACCGUCUUAUUAUUUUUUAAUAAAGGAUGAUUUACAGUUUUCUGACUGAGUGCCACAAGCAGAGCAGAUACAUACUUUUAUCAGACCAACUAUACACAAUUUAAUUAUGUAAUUUCAAAUACCACCUGAAAAACGUUGUUUACAUCAUAAAGCGUGUGAUCAUUUUCUUCCUUAUUUGUUGUGUUGACUGAACUUUUGCAGAUUGGGGUCUUUUUUUCUCCCACCUCUUGACAGACCUAUAUAUAUAUAUAUAUAUACAUAUAUAUAUAUAUAUAAAAUAAAAGCAGUUUUUCUUCACUAAUAAAAUGUCAUGUAUAUUCUUAUUUAAACAAAGGUGUGCCUUGCAGGGUUGUUUGUAAAUAAACGU